CGUGUGCCCUACCCGAAGACGCGACCUCUCGUUUUUCAUUCAGUUUUUGUUCGAGUUCUGUCCAUGGUACGUCGUGCCGUGCGUGCGUGCACACCGAACCUGGAAGCUGUUCCGUCGAAUCGGUCGAAUGGAAUUGUCGCUGUACACGUGAAACUUACCCGAUCAUCUGCGUGCGGAAGGCUACAAAUUGUGAAUUGAACAAAAAAAAAACAUAUAUAAAAGAGGAGAAAAACCAAGCUUCGAUUAAAUAUUAAUAAAAAAAAUGUGUUUGCAUUCGAUAUUCCUACAAAGAAUUAUUCUGUUAUCGGAUUAAUUGUGCAACAGAAUAAUAUCUUUUAUCUGAUGUGUGCUGUAUUAAAUAUUGACAGGCAAUUAUAAAACACAAAUAUUGGUUGUGCCUGCGAUGGAGUAAUUAAAUGUUAAAAUGAAAUUUUUAAAUUUUCCACGUGUUUUUCCAAAAAAAAAAAGUUUGACGUAAAAUAAAAAAAACCCAAAAAAAGUAGUGAAUGUGUAAACGAGUGUAUAAGUUGAGCAAUCGGAAGAAAAAAAAGUGCAACAAAAGUAGUAAAACAUAAUAUGGCCAACGGUGCAACAGUCUCGAUCAAGGCCAACGGAAAAGGAUCGAUUCCGUGCCGUGGUAAUGGUAACCCCGUCACAAUGUGCAAUCAACUGCAUUAGCCACAUAUGUUACGCAACAGACGAUAACUUUUGAGCUAGUGGAUUAAAAAAAGGAGCAAGAAAACAUAAAAAAAACCCAACGAAUCUAUCUUGCAACUGACACAAUCGUAAUUUGACGUACGAGUCCGGGUUUUUUUGUUAUUUCGGAAUCGGAAGUGAAGUCUGUGUUGCACAGCAAGCACUGUGCAAGCAUCCCUGGCAAACACGGCGGGGUGGCGGCAUACGAAGGUGAAAAAUGCAUCGGAAGAGUUCACAAUCAGCUGUAGAAGUGGUUGAGUGCCAGCCGUAAGCUUAUCCAUGCGAUGGAAAACUUCCACCCGGCGGGUGGAAUGAUACACCGGAAAUAGAACAUGAGUCAUCCGGGUGCGGCAUGAGCCACGAAUUCCGAGGAUUCCAACUACGAACCUGCGAAACUGAUCGGUGGAACUGUUGGAAAACUCCGAUUUUUUAAAAAAUACUUCAAGAAUUCCAAUUAAAACACACUCGGAAUGGUAAAUUCGGUGAACGAUCGUAGUGCUUGCUGGUCGAAUGUUUGUGUACCGGGGGAAAACAUUAGCUAAACCGUUUUAUAACUUCAAAAUCAACAAAAUCGUGUGCACGUGUAAUGCUAUCCCGACUGUACCUUAAUUAACGUGAAUGUGUUUCCGCGCCACCCUGUAAGCGUGCAACGUUGCGCAUCCCAUCGGUCCCAAGGGAAUAAGGAAAACGCGUGUGCGUGUAUUCCGUCGAUCGUCGGCACCUCUUUGUUUCUCUCUGCACACACGCUACGAAAUGCACCCGGCAGCUGUUCCAUUUUUAUGGUUCACGACAUCGUACCGCGAUCACCGUUCCCGCUUCCGUCGCCGGUCCGAUCGUCUGUUUCCGUGCUGCGUUCGGCGAUAAGUGUGCGAUCGUGCGUUGCGUUAGAUGCGCUGCAAAACCGAAACAAAGUGACGCAUGGUGAUGGUUUAAGGCUAAAAAUGCAUUCGUUCCAGCUUGGCGACAGAAGCAUCGUCCCGGGGGGAAUUAGCUUGUUAGUGCAAAUGGGGAACUGGGUUCAAACAUAAAUAAAACGCAAAACGCAUACUCAAAAGGAUCCACCAACGGAAAGGAAAUAAAUCUAACCACAACCAUGUGUGUGUAUGUGUGUGUGUGUGGCGCGGGAAAAGUGUACGUGUGCGUGUGGGUGAAUGAAAAUGAUUUUCCGUGUAGUACGUGUGCGUGAAUUUUGUCCCACAGCCUAGGCACGUAAACCUUCCGGGGCCGUAGGGCGAGAAUAAAGUGGAAAAAAUAGUUCAAAAUUUCGAAAGAUCAAAGUGUGGUGAAAAAAUAAAGUUGUGUUUUCCCGAUUCUCCCUUUACCGGGUGUGACAAGGGUUUGGCAUUAAGUGAUUUCCCACCUUCCCGUUAGCUUUAUUCUGUAUUCUGUGCCAUCCUCUGUGAGGUGAAACGAAGCAUCAUAUAUUGAAGAAAAAGGAAGAAAAAAAAAGAUGUCCCCAACGAAUCGGGAUGCAACGGGCGGCUCGUUAAAAUCCGAUCCAUCACGGUUAAAGAUGUAUCGAUGUCACAAUCGGCUCGAUUUACAGCAGCAGCAUCACAAAUGCAAAAGCUACCGAAGAACGUUAUGGACCGGUAGCUCCGGUCAGAUCACCGUUAAGUGUGUCCCACCCGUAGGCCAUCGCCGUUGUGAACCCUUGACGCCGGAUAUGGAGUCUUCCAGUGGUAGUGGCGGUUGCCGGCGGCUGCCAGUGCAAUCCGAUCCGGUGCAGCCACCGUACACUAGCACUCGAAGUGGCCGUCCCACCGCCGGCCAUUGCCGACCGGGACGACGCAUCUCGCAGCAGCUGUUCUGGACUGCCGUCCUGCUUCUGUGCGCUGGCUUCUGUACAAAGACCGGAUGUGACGAUACGGAGCAGUUCCAGAAAAACAGAAAAUUUACUCCCACAACAGCAACAGUCGACACCAUUCCAGCGCGCAUUGUAUGGGCAGCGAUUGAUCAUGAUGCGGAGCUACCGUGCGACAUUACGGCACCAUCGUCACAGGAUGGCGUCAAGCUAGUACUGUGGUUUAAGGAUUCCACCGGAAUUCCGCUGUACAGUUUGGACUCGCGCAGCGGUGUAGCGAUAUCGGCCGCCCAACACUCCACCAUCGCGAACGAUCUCGGCCAGCGGUUGUUUUUCUCGGUCGGGGCAACACCGAAGGAGGCUCGCCUGCAGAUACGCAACAUCAAAACAUCCGACGGUGGCGUCUACCGGUGCCGGGUGGACUAUUUCAACUCACCCACGCGCAACUACCGUGUCAAUUUGACGCUAGCCGUUCCACCAGAAGAACCAAGAAUAUUCGACGCACAGGGUAAAGAGAUAUCAACCGUUGCUGGACCGUUUCGAGAGGGUCAUGAACUGUUCCUGUCAUGUCAAGUGUCUGGAGGACGUCCACCGCCGCGCGUUACCUGGUGGCGGGAUGGUGUUGAAAUUUCCAGCACCAGCCAUCCAUCCGCCGUCGAAGGUACCUCCGCCAUGGUUAAUCAACUAUUCAUCAGCACCGUCACGAGGGACUUUUACGGCACGAAGCUGCAGUGCCGUGCCGCCGGUUCGAAGCUAGUGCCGGCCGUCUCGAAGGAAGUUGCCAUACAAGUACACCUAAAACCGCUGCGAGUGAAAAUCAUUUCACCGAACGAGCUGCUGACAGCGGGUCGCCCGGUUCCAAUUAGAUGCGAAGCGUGGGGUUCCUUUCCGGCGGCGAAAAUCGUUUGGCUGCUCGAUGGUGAACCACUGCGCAGUGGCGACAUUACGGUGCACACCGACAGCAAUGAUUCGAACCUAACCUCCAGCAUACUGACGCUCCGGGUAACGGCCGAAAACGAUGGUGCCGAGCUGACCUGUCGCGCAUCGAAUGCGUGGUUUUCUGGCGGUGCGAUCGAGGAUAAGCGCAUCAUAAGUGUUGCAUACGAACCGGUCGUAUCGGUGCAUCUGUCCAACGAGGAUCCGAGCCGGGUGAUAACGCGUGCUGAGGGUGAAAAUGUUACGCUCAAAUGCCGUGCGGAUGCGAGACCACCGGUCACUUCCUUUUCCUGGUACAAAAACAAUAUGAGGAUGUCCGGAGAAAAUGGGGAAACCUUGUACUUGACACAGCUGGAGCGGGAAAGUGCCGGUUCGUAUGCUUGUGCUGCCUCCAACACGGAAGGUGAAACUCGCAGCUCAUCUCUAACGCUCAAAAUACAGUUUGCACCACGUUGCAAACCUGGCUCGGAGCAAACCUCGGUCGGAUCGCUUAACAUGCAUUCGCUGCACGUUAAGUGUGAGGUGGAGGCGGACCCACCCGAUGGUGUACGGUUCAGCUGGACGUACAACAACACGCGUAACGUGUCACCGGUGCUAAACUCGCGCAUCAGCUCACACGGUCUCGUCAGCACCAUGACCUAUCUGCCACAGUCCGACUCGGAGCUGGUAACGCUUGCCUGCUGGGCGAUCAACAAUGUCGGCCGGCAGACGGUGCCAUGUUUGAUACAUAUUUUACCUGCAAAGAUUCCCGAUCCGCCCCGGAACUGCGAACUGCACAACGAUACGGUGCUGGAGGUGGUGUGCCUGGCCGGCAGUGACGGUGGUCUAAUGCAGUCGUUUCUGCUCGAGGUCGUCGGUGGUAUGGCACCGUCCGCUUACAAUCUCGACUUUACCCGGGGCCCACCGACCGAGAUCGAUAAUGAAAUUUCCACCAUGAACGAUCAGGCCACAUUAGCACCAUUAUUCCGAAUCCAGGAGCAGAUACCGCAGUUUAAAUUGCACAGCUUAGAACCGGGCCGCGACUAUCAGCUGUUGGUGUACGCCGUCAACGCAAAGGGCAAAAGUGAUCCACCGUUCGUUAUCGAUAAAGUGCGCGUCGGGUCGGCGCUGGUACCUCCGUACGUGGAUGAAACCAUCAUCUCCGAGGAUCCAACACCGGCGGAAACGUCACACCAGGACAAGCAAAAGCAACAGUCGCAGAUGGUAAUGUUUGCUGCUGUGGCGGCUGCCGUCGGUGUCAUCAUAGCGUCCAUAAUCGUGGCCGGUUUCGUCGCGAUAUGUAGGCUCAAGCGGCAGAAACCUCCUGAACCGCAGGAAGUUCGGAAGCGUAUGCGACCUGCCCGAACCGAUGUGCCAUCGAUGUACGCCGAGGACGAUGUAUUCGAUGAUGAGUAUCAGCGGCAGCUGGAUGUACGCUGCAGUCGUGCCUCGUCCACCAUUAGAAGUAGUCGUUACGUAUCGGAAGGAUUUGUACAGUAUUCACAACCUAGUCUUAAUGAUCCCGAUCUAAUACUGCCGCGCGGUGGCGACAUCGAGUUUACCACACUAUCAGGAGCUUAACACACACUGCUGGCUGACCAACGGACACCUGCGGGCCAAUAGAGGAAUAGCGACCGGCUGGAGAAGUGACAGUCCAACUGAUGCAACUUACACUUAAUCACAGUAGUGCGAUGCGUACGUUUUUAAACAAAACUUAAAACAAAUUCAAAAAAACACACACUGGUAGGGAUAAGAUAGGGGAAACAAUGGAAUGGCGUUAGGCUUAGCCGGUAGGAAGAGAAGAAAACAUACAAAUCAAAAGUAGCUAAUCAAACCAAAUGAAUUAAGAUGCAUAGGCACGGCCGAGGGUGAGUGAGCGAGUAAGGAUAAACGAGUAAGGAUGUAAGAAAUACAGAUUUUAGCGUUAGUGUUACAACCCGAAAACGUUGCAAACAAAAACAAAGAGAGAAAGAGAGAAACAAAACACAAAAUUGUUGCCCCCGUUUGUGGUUCCAUUGUAAACACGUCACAAUAGAGUUUAAUAGGAAAAAAAAGAAACAAAAAAUCAAGUGGGUAAAAAAGCAAAGUGGAUGGGAAUAGAACAGUUUUACUUUUUCUGUUUGUAUUGAAUAAGCUCAUCAAGUUGACCUGGAAAUUGGAACAAACAAACAAAAAAAACACUAAACAAAUUGUGUUGGUGUGUGGAGUUUGAAAGUUGAUUUAGUUUACGUUAUUGUAUAAAAGCGUUAAAAUUUAGUGAUAGAAUAAAGGAACUUACACACACACACUGACACACACAUCCAUCUGUAACGAUACACAUGCCGUUACGUAUGUGAAUGAACUCAUCAUUGUACGAUACGCAAAAGUGCAAAGGGAAGUUUUGCGUAUCAUAAUGGCCAAAAAGGAAAUAAAAUUGUGUUCGUAAAAGAUUAGUUACGAAACGUUCCAUCGGUGGAAGGAGCUCAGCCACACACAAAAGUAGCACAACGUGCUGUAAUUUACAAAACAAAAAAACAAUUGCUAUUCGAAUCUAACAAAAUUGGGUAAUGUUGCUAACAUUGUAAAUCAUACACAAUACACACACACAAACACGAGUCAUCAGGAAGUUAAUGGAAGGACAGUGGGUUUUUUGAAGUGAAACAAAUAAAUUCAGAAACCAAAUGAUAAAACCAAUGUCGACGGUUAAAAUAGACUAUGAAGAAACUUUUAGCGUGUAUAAAAAAAGGGAGAAAACAACAAUAACAGAAGAAAAAGAGCAAACAAAACAAAAAAAAUGGUGUAAAAGCGAAACAGUAUGAAAUACAAAAUCAAACAAAAACACACAAAAGAAGAACGGGAGAAAAACGAGCGAAAUACCAUAAACCAAAUGCCACAGUUUUCGAUGGAACAAAAACUACUAACAAUCAAACGAAUAAAGCAAACCAAACAACUGGAUAACUUCGUUUAAAUGAAA